CUUGAUCGUUGAUCUGGGCGCUGCUCCUUUCGCCUGCGAGAAUCCUGCCCUCUCGACAGUCACACUCUCCCCACCAUGAUCCUGUGCGCUGCAGCCAAGACCCGGCUUUGGCGCUACCCGGCUGCGGGUGCCUCAAGCCCGAUUCUGUCCCAUCGAGCCGUUCAUUCUGCCCAGGCACCCAAACGUAUUGAAUGUUAUGUCUCGAAUGUUGUCGAUCCGUGGAUGAAUCUGGCCUUUGAGGAAUGGUUGUUUCGCCAUACCGAUCCCUCUGUCUAUAUUCUCAUGCUGUGGCGAAACUCGAGAUGCGUUGUCAUCGGACGCAACCAGAACCCGUGGAGAGAAUGCAACCUGAGACUCAUGGAGAGGGAUAAUGUCCCGCUCGUCCGCAGGCGAAGCGGCGGAGGCACCGUUUACCAUGACUUGGGCAAUUCCAACUACUCAAUUAUCAUGCCGAGGGAAGUGUUCGACCGCAAGACCAAUGCCGAGCUGGUGGCAUCUGCGCUUCAGAGCCUGGACAUUCCAGCCUCGGUCAACGAACGCCACGAUAUCGUCGUCGAUGGCAAGAAGGUAUCCGGCUCGGCAUACAAAAUCGUGCGCGACAGGGCAUACCACCACGGAACCAUGCUGAUCGAUUCCGAUCUGUCGAGCCUCGGAGCCUAUCUCAAGCCCGACCCGAAAAACCUGGUCGGUGGAGGUGUGGCCAGUGUUCGAUCGCCGGUCGCCAAGCUGCGGGAGUACUCGUACACGGCCGACCAUCCAUCCUUUUGCGAAGCGGUGAUUGAUGCCUUUUGUUCCAGGCACGGUGCUGCUCGGAUGCAGUCUGCAGAGCUGAGCGAGGAGACAUUCCAAGGCAACCCGAAGCUGCAAGAAUACUACGACGAAACAUGGAACUGGAUCUAUGGCCAGACUCCGACAUUCACCCAUCAACUGGAGCACUCCUUUUCCUGGGGCGAUGUAAUCAUCGACAUCAAGGUGGACGAGGGCUGCAUUGUCGACGCCACCAUCGCAACAAGCAACCCAACUGCUUCGCUUGCGUUCUUCCAUGUGGCGACCAAGCUCAAAGGGAUGAAAUACGAGUCUGCUUCGGUCGACCAAGCGGUUGCAAUGGCCAAGCUUCGUGAACUAGAGAUUGAUAUCGAGACGCUCGAGCAUACUGCCGAUCUUCGCGAAUGGCUCAGAGCUCAGAUCUAGUCAUGUUAAGCCGCUUGUCAAAGCCAGACUGAGCUGCAAUGAGCACAAGACCAAGAUUAGCAGCCGCCACAACGCACAGUUGAGUGGACUACAAUUGGUCGAUUGUAUUCAAUAUCUCCAGGAGCAUUCAUCAUCAAGGCCCCGACGCCUCGAUAAACUGCAGUGUCUGCAACCCAAAUACACUCAUAUCGAGCACCGGA